AUGGCAAAUUUUCUUGAAUACAUACCAUGGAGAAGUUAUAACUGGUUUGGAAGAAUAAUAUUGAUUGUCUUUGGUAUAGUUUUCAUCCCUGUUACUACUGUUUCAUCAGUUUUACUUUUUAAUAGCUCAUUUAAUUGUCAUAAUGAGAUUAUAUCAAAGACGAGAGAAAGUUCUCUUUUAAAGAGCAUUGAAUCAACAUGUUUCAGACAAUACAAAGAUGGUUUAACUUUUAAGGAUGCUGCUUUUCUUAUGGUAGUUUUAAAUUUUGCCAUUGUCUUAAUUUGGAGUAUUGUCUAUGGAUAUUAUUUAAAGCAUCGAAUUGAACAUAAUGAUAAUGACAGUCCAAUAGAAAACAGGAACGAACAAAGUCAACCUCUACAUGUGGAUUAUAGUGAAGGAACUCCUCAAUCCGACAACGUUGCAUUUAAUUUAUCUUCAUUUUCCAUAUACAUCGUUUAUUUAGUGGUUCGCCUCAUCAUAUUGUCUGUCUUCGUUGUAUUACUUUUCCAUGCUAAGUUUCCCAUCUACUACACCUGUAAAAGACGUCCAACUUUGAAAGAAAUUUCCUCAUUAAAUAACACCAUUUCUACCAUUGAUUGUGAAAAUCUCAACGCUGAUAAAAAGGAAACCUUAAUUAAAGUUGUUUUAUCUGUCGAUUUUAUUGUAAUAACACUAACAAUUUUGGAGCUGUGUUACUUGACGUAUAAGGCUUGGACUGAUAACUCUUUUAAAAAAGCGAAUAAAUUUUGUACAGUUUACUUGAAUUUUGUACUGCUUCAAAAACCUAAAGAAUGGUUGGAGGAAAAUAUAAACGAUCUUUACACGAACAAAUUUUUUGAAAUACAAGACAACUUUGGUGAUGAGAAUAAAGAAAGGCAAAAUCUUGACAAUAUUUAUGUCAACGUCAUACUACAAGCAGAGAGACAAUUAAAGAAUGCUUUCCCAGAAACGUUUAAUCGGCACGAAAUCUUUCAUUCUUACCUAAAAGUGGGAAAUGAUGUAAAAAAACUAACAAGAGUAAAUGAGAUUUUUACGCCAAUCCCAGGUGAGCAGAGCACGUCGUGUCCAAACUCUAUUUUAGUCAUUGGAAGGCCGGGAAUUGGUAAAACUAUGCUCACUAAAAAACUUAUAUACGAAUGGAAAAAUAAUCGAGAUGGAUAUUGGCAAGAUAAACUUGUUAUUUUAGUGAGAUGUCGUGAUCUUGAAACUUGCGACACUACUCUCGAAGAUAUGUUAAAGCGGCGUGAUGGACUAAAAGAUAAACAUUUUUCUCAAGUUUACAAAUUCAUAAUCACUUAUCCAAAACAAACUGUCAUUAUCAUCGACGGACUCGAUGAAUUAUUUCUAAAUCGUUUAGAGCUCCAUGAAACAAAGAACCCUGUAUUUAAACUAAUAAAAAAAUUAGUUGAAGGUGAAACGCUGUCUGAUGCCAUUGUUCUAGUAACAUCACGACCCACAGCUGAACAUGCAUAUGGAUGUUUAAAGUUUGACCGGACUGUGGAAAUCUUGGGCUUUUUUGAAGAUCAGAUUAAAGAAUACGUCGACAAGUUUUGUGGUAAAGACACGAAUACAGCCAAAAGCAUUUAUGAGCACAUUGAUACUUCUCUUGAACUUAAAAGUUUGUGUUAUAUUCCUGUGAAUAGUUACAUUGUUUGUCUAACCCUAAAAGAGAGCUUGAUAUGUAAGGCUGAAGAUAUUCCAAAGACCAUCACUAAGUUAUAUAAUAGAGCAAUCAAAGUCUUGCUGUGGAUGCAUCAUCCACUUUGCAAAUCAGGUAAAAUACCAAGAGAAGAUGAUUAUCUUAUAAUUCCUUUGCCCCGAGCUUAA